AUGCAAACACUAGGCAGCAAAAUGCAACCUGUGUUGUACCUCUGCCUACUGCUCAUGCCCUGCCUAUUUCUUGUGGAAGAAGCACAUGCGGUGUGGCAUGGAGGGAUCUCACUGAGGUCUCAACGCAUGGCCCUCCUCCACUGGAAAGCUACACUUGCAAGCCCACCGGUGCAGAUGAGCUCUUGGCAGGAAAACACCACCCCCUGCAACUGGACGGGCAUCGUGUGCACAGCUGUUCGCCAUGGCCGCCGCAUGCCCAGGGUAGUUACCGACAUAUCCCUGCCGGAUGCUGGCAUCAGGGGCCAGCUUGGUGAGCUCAACUUCUCAGCUCUUCCAUUCCUCACAUAUAUUGACCUCGGCAAUAACAGUCUCCAUGGUGCACUACCCGCUAGUAUCAGCUGCCUGUCAUCACUUUUGGAACUCUACCUUCCCUACAACCAGCUCACAUGGAAAAUUCCCUAUGAGAUUGGUGGCCUUCAAAGUCUGAGGGUGCUUGAGCUCUCAUUUAACAGACUCACAGGACAUAUUCCUGCGUCUUUGGGCAACCUAACAAUGUUAAAUGAUCUUAUCAUUGACCAAAACAUGGUAUCAGGUCCCAUUCCUGAGGAGAUUGGAAGGCUUGUCAACCUACAACUUCUACAGCUAAGCAACAGCACCUUAAGCGGUUUGAUACCAAAAAUCCUUGGAAAUUUAACCCAGCUAAAUAUUUUGUACCUGUAUGGUCCAAUUCCAAUCUCCAUAGCCAAUCUCACUAAGAUGAACACACUUUUUCUCUCCGACAAUCAGAUCACAGGUCGGAUACCCCCAGAACUAGGCAAUCUCACUAUGCUAAACCAACUUGAUCUCAACACAAACCAAAUAACAGGUUCAAUACCCCUAGAACUAGGGAACCUCACUAUGCUCAAUGAACUUUCACUUUAUGCAAAUCAAAUCACAGGUACAGUACCUUCAAAAUUGAGCAUCUUGUCGAAUCUCCGCUUAGGAAAUAUAACCAAGUUGAUACGACUAUCCCUCUCUGUAAAUCAGAUAACCGGUUCCAUCCCCCAUGGGAUUGGCAAUCUGAUGAACCUCGAAUAUUUAGGCUUGUAUCAGAACCAAAUUUCAGGAUCAAUACCAAAAACUUUUGGGAAGCUGCAAAGGAUCAGAAAACUGCAAAUCUUUAAUAACAAAUUAUCAGGUUCUCUUCCUCAACAAUUUGGAGAUCUCAUCAGCCUUGUUGAAUUUGGGGUGUCUAAAAACUCACUUUCAGGACCAUUGCCCGCAAAUAUAUGUUCAGGUGGCAAACUUGAAUAUUUUGAUGUUUCUUCCAAUAUGUUUGAUGGCCCCAUUCCUAGUAGUUUAAAGACUUGCACGGGUUUGAAACAAGUUUACCUUGAGUUGAACCAACUAUCAGGUGAUAUAUCUCAGUAUUUUGAAAAGCUACGCAAUCUACAAUACCUUGAUAUAUCUAGGAACAGACUGAGUGGAAUAAUACCUGAGGAACUAGGGACCAGCAUGAAACUAUUGUCCUUGAAGAUCAACAACAACAACUUCAGUGGAAGUUUGCCAGGUGUGAUUGGAAAUUUAGCAGGCCUGCAGAUCAUGUUAGAUGUGAGCAACAAUAACUUCACUGGCAUGUUGCCGCAGCAACUUGGGAAGUUGGAGAUGCUAGAAUUUUUUAAUUUAUCACACAAUCAGUUCAGUGGCAGCAUUCCGUCAUCCUUUGCAAGCAUGGUGAGCCUUUCAACACUUGAUGUGUCCUACAAUGACUUGGAAGGACCGGUCCCAACAGCAUGGCUACUCCAAAAUGCUUCAGCAAGUUGGUUUCUUCCAAAUAAAGGUCUAUGUGGUAACCUCUCUGGCCUGCCACCUUGUUAUUCAACUCCAGUAGCUGCUCACAAAGAGGGGAAGAUACUUGGUUUGCUUUUGCCAAUUGUUCUUGUGAUGGGUUUCAUCAUUGUUGCUGCAAUUGUUGUCAUAAUAAUACUUACUCGUAAGAAGAGAAAUCCACAAGAAAGUGUUACCGCUGAAGCAAGGGACCUAUUCUCUGUUUGGAAUUUCGAUGGAAGAUUAGCAUUUGAUGAUAUUGUAAGGGCAACCGAAAACUUCGAUGAUAAGUACAUCAUUGGAACAGGAGGAUACGGCAAAGUCUACAAGGCACAACUCCAAGACGGGCAGCUGGGAAGCCUCCACCGAACAUUGGAAAAUGACGAGCUAGCGAAGGAAUUGGAUUGGCAGAAGAGAAUUGUUGCUGUAAAUGAUGUGGCUCAAGCAAUAUCUUAUUUGCACCACGAGUGCAGUCCACCUAUAAUCCAUCGAGAUAUAACGAGCAACAACAUCUUACUUGAUGCAACCUUCAAGGCUUUCGUCUCGGAUUUCGGCACAGCAAGGAUUCUUAAGCCUGAUUCAUCAAACUGGAGUGCACUAGCGGGGACGUAUGGGUACAUAGCUCCUGAACUCUCGUACACAUCUGUUGUCACGGAGAAAUGUGAUGUCUAUAGCUUUGGUGUGGUUGUGCUAGAGCUACUUAUGGGGAAGCAUCCAAUGGAUCUAUUAGACGGUAGUUUGUCAAAUGGGGAACAAGCUAUACUGGUGAAAGAUAUUCUGGACCAGCGACCGACAACACCAACAGCAACAGAAGAGAAUAGCUUAGCUCUGCUCAUCAAGCUGGCCUUCUCUUGCUUGGAAUCUUCUCCACAAGAAAGGCCAACCAUGAGGCAGGCACACCAGACACUCAUCCAGCGACCCUCUUCUAGUUCCUCUUCCGUGCCUUUCAGUGCACUAACGCUAGAGCAAGGGAUGCAUGUUGCCAUGUGA